GCCCCGAUGUCGGAGGUGUUUGCGCUCGGAGGGAAUGGACUCUGGCAAUGCGCGGAUUUGAUCGUUCAGAGAUCCGACCAGCUGAGUCUGUGAAUGGCGCCAAAACAGGACCCUAAACCUAAAUUUCAAGAAGGUGAAAGAGUCCUGUGCUUUCAUGGGCCAUUGCUCUAUGAGGCAAAGUGUGUAAAGAUCAACAUAAAGGAUAAACUGAUCAAAUACUUCAUUCAUUACAGCGGAUGGAACAAAAACUGGGAUGAAUGGGUUCCUGAAAGCAGAGUUCUCAAAUAUGUGGACAGCAACCUUGCGAAACAAAAAGAGCUUCAAAAGGCCAAUCAGGACCAUUAUGUUGAGGGAAAGAUGAGGGGUUUAGCACCAAGCAAGAAGAUUGCUGCUGUGCAGCAGAAAAAUGUUGAUCUGAAAGUGAAAAAGGCAAAGCAGAAGACCCCAGGGCCGGGUGAAGGCACCAGCAGCGGAGAAACGCCGCCGGGACCACGGAAGAAGAGGGCUCGAGUGGAUCCCACUGUGGAGAGUGAGGAGAUGUUCACCAACCGCGUGGAGGUGAAGGUGAAGAUUCCUGAAGAGCUGAAACCCUGGCUGGUGGACGACUGGGACCUCAUCACACGACAGAAACAGUUAUUUCAUCUGCCUGCUAAGAAGAAUAUAGAGACUGUCUUGGAGGACUAUGCAAACUAUAAGAAAUUGAAAGGAAACUCGGACAACAAGGAGUACGCAGUAAACGAGGUUGUGGCGGGGAUUCGGGAGUACUUCAACGUCAUGCUGGGCACUCAGCUGCUUUACAAGUUUGAGAGGCCGCAGUACGCCGAGAUCCUGGCUGAACACCCAGACAUGCCGAUGUCGCAGGUGUACGGAGCUCCACACUUACUGCGUCUAUUUGUUCGUAUUGGAGCCAUGCUGGCCUACACUCCACUGGACGAGAAGAGUCUGGCCUUGCUGCUCAAUUACCUCCAAGAUUUCCUCAAGUACCUGGUAAAGAAUUCCUCCACCCUCUUGAGUGCCACUGAUUACGAGGUGGCGCCCCCAGAGUACCACCGCAAGGCCGUGUGAGCGCCAUCAGCACACAGCUCUCCUAUUAAGAGACCUCUCUCACGCCACAUGUAGAAUAACCAUUACUUCCUCUUUGAGUGCAGACUUGGAUGAGAUUUUUCCCUUGAACUGAUCCGCUCCUUCCACAAAGGUCUCAGGAGUGUGUCACAGUUAAGAAGUUUUUAAAAAGUAUUUUUUUCGUUGAAUCCCUCUCCUCUUUUCUUUCUCUUUUUCCUUCUCACUUAUCUGAAAAGACACAAGAAUUUUUUUUUAGUUCUGGUGACAAGUUACAGUUUCCACAAGCAGCUCUUAGGUGUUUUUGUGCAUUCUAUCCCAUAGAUAUUUGUUACUGUUGCAUGUAUGUAUUUAUUAGUGUUCGCUCUGCCACACAAGGUGCAAUUUAAUGCUGGACCACAUGGUCAUCACUCAGCAGUUGAUGUUUUUGUAUCUGUAUCUUGUUCAUUUGUACCAAUUUGUAAAAAAAAAAACCAUGUUUCUACAC